AUGGCGGUCGGCGGGAACCCAUGUCUGUACUCGUACGCUCUUGGCAACGAAGCCCGGUCGCCAAAUCGCUGCGGAGCUUUAUCCGGAUAUCCACCAGCUGCAGUGCAGAGGACUUGGUCAUGCGACCAUACUGUUUCUGUCUUGGAACGACACAUAUCCAUACAGACCGGCUUGUUUCAAAUGCUUUAUAACAAUGGCAUAGGGUAUGGUAGUGUGGUGAUUGGGCAGCAGCUUGAGAUUCCCCUUAAUCUAUCUACCCGCUCCGCAACCUCUCCAGGGGUAUCUGCGGAACUGAGCGUGGAUACUGCGUGCGUACUAGUUGUCGUCGCGCUCGAGUUGAGACAAGCUAUAUCCUCUAGCAGCCCAAUGGCGUCGGCUGAGUUGUGUCAUGACUGUUCUGGGUUGGCUCCGCUCCGACGCAAGAAUGGCAAUGGGUUGUCACUAGUCCGGGUAUACCAAACUACCGUCUUGGAGGAUAUUGUGGUCUUCGCAUAUAGACAUCGGCGAGACCGUGCAGCGUGCGCACUAUGA